AUGGCUCCACUGGGUAAGGUUUUGUUAUCCCAGUGAGCUCUAGAUUCAAACUUCGCAUGUUUGCACAUUUUUCGACCUGCUUUUCUGCAUUCUCCAUCUAGUUUAUAACUUUUUAAUGGCUCUCAAUCGAUUUAGCGUAAUUUUUGUGAAUUUUAACAAAUUCUGGAGUGCCCAUUCUUCUUUCAUCAUCCAAUCUGCUCUUGAUUUUGUUGAGUGUAGACCACAAGCUUCCGCGUUAGCGGCACUAUCUUCCGCAAAGCGGCCACUUGGAUUGCUAUGACGUGGGAAAUCAGUAAGGUUCCUACGACAUAGCAAUCCACGUGGCCGCUGACGCGGAAGCUCGCGAUCUACACUCGCUAAAUUUUGAGAAUCAUUCCAUGUCAGUCACGCCCUUCUCUUUUUUUGUCUUUUCAAAUCACGUUAUUUAAUAACAGAGAUACUUUUUACACCAUGUUUCUUUUUUAUACAAAAUCAAUCCAGUAUAAAAGGAAAAACGUGUUAUCAGUCCUUUCAUAUCUUCCGAAAAAGGUACAAAAAUAAUUAAUAUUUUCCCACUUUAUUAUAUUUCUAAUGUGGCUUUUAUUCGUUACAUUUCUGUUUUUCGCGAAUUGCUCCAAGUUAUCGGAAAAUUAUGAAAAACUAGCGAAAGAACACUUUUCUGACGGUGAGUUAUGGCAGUCAGUUCCAGAAGGGCUUCGCUGCCUGACGCCAUCUACAGUAGUUUGACUCACUUUUUACUGAUUAAUGUUUUUUUCUGGUUAGCGAAAACUCGCUCUAAAUUAAAAAUGAAAUAUGGAAUGUUUCAGGAGCACCUUAGCUCUAUCGAUUGAGCCUAAGUUUCCCUGUAGCAGGACAACCCUCUUAAUAAUUCAAAAAGAGCUCUGAAAAGGCCGAAGAAAAUUUUGCAGAAUCUUAUUGGAAAACGGAGAAUGAACAAGAAUUAUGACUGACACCUCUAAAAAUAAUACGAAAACAAUUGCAGAUAUGAAAGUUUUAUUCAAAAAACAAUGUAUUAAUUAAUAAAACGGACAUUUUUAUAGACUUGUCUCUUUUGUUCCGCCAAUGUUGACGAAGCGAAGAAAACCAAAAAUGCAACGAAGAAUUGAUAGAAAUUCAUUUUAUGUUGUUGUUUUCAGUCAAAAAUCGACAAAUAUUUAUACAUCAAAUAUUUCUCACGGCAUUUUGAAUUAUUCAUUCAUUUUUCACAAUAUCGUAUUGUUAGGUUGAUAAUUUACAUAUCCGUGAAAAAUAUAACAAAAAAAUGAAUAAUUCAAAAUGCCGUGAGAAAUAUUUGAUGUAUAAAUAUUUGUCGAUUUUUGACUGAAAACAACAACAUAAAAUGAAUUUCUAUCAAUUUUUCGUUGCAUUUUUGGUUUUCUUCGCUUCGUCAACUUUGGCGGAACAAAAGAGACAAGUCUAUAAAAAUGUCCGUUUUAUUAAUUAAUACAUUGUUUUUUGAAUAAAACUUUCAUAUCUGCAAUUGUUUUCGUAUUAUUUUUAGAGGUGUCAGUCAUAAUUAUUGUAUAUAAGAACUUACGAAGACAUCUCUUCAGCUCGUGGUCAAGUUUGGAGCUUUGAAAACAUUUUUUUGGGAUACUUUGAGAUACGCUUAUCACAAUAUCAGAAAUUCCGCUGACCAAUAUCAUUCUAAGAUAUAUAUAUACAAAAUCUGAUCAAAUUUCAGAUUUUGUAUAUCCGAAACAUCUAGCAAAAUUGACCAGAGACAUUUUUGAUGGUGAUUAUGACAAAGAAGUGUCACCAUUCGCAUUUGACGAUGAUUUCGAAGAUUCGGAAAUUAUGGCGUUAUUUUAUGAGAACUACACAGCUAAUUCAACGCAAAAAUUCUUUCAUUAUAAAUAUGGGAUCGCUGUGCAGUUACUAAAAUUAGUCAACGUUGACGAAACAAAUGAGCAAAUGACUGUUGUAAUGGAGUUUGUGCAAUCUUGGAAAGAUCGAAGGUUGACUUGGGAUAAGAAAAAAUAUGGAAAUAUAGGCAAAAUCACGACACGUCUCGAAAAAGUCUGGUCAUUGCCAUUUAUUGCAUAUGGAGCGAGUGAAGUUGUGGAGCAUCGUGAUCAGAAUUAUCGAACAGCUGCAGUAUAUGAUAAUGGUGAAAUCAUGGCGCAAAUUCCAUUGCGGUUGACAACAAAUUGUAAAAUGAAUAUGAUAGAUUUUCCAUUUGAUACUCAAAUAUGUGAAAUUCGAGUUGGAUUACCGCUACAGAGUUCUCAUACGUUUAACAUCAACAUUAUAUUACCGGAACAUAUUCUUGCGUCUUGUAAAUUGGUGGGUUCAUUCAUCAAAGAGGAUGGGGGGAGAGCACAAAACAUUUUGACACAAAAGUUAAUACGGUGAUUCACGAAAUAAAAAAUAUGUUUUCAACAAUUUCGCUGUAUCUAACCUCAUAAAAAACCAAAAAAUUCACGUAUUAUUUUUUUCAACGUGCCGCAACGAAUCUCAACUGAAAAACGGGAAGCUAGAAGCAUCCUGGAGGACCUGUUACUGGGUAAAUCGAGAGAGACACAGAGAACACGAGAAAAAAUCUUCAAAAAGAAUGAGAAAACAUAGAAAAAACAUUAGGAAUAUUCAUCGAAUCAAAGGAAAACAGUGGUUGAUUCAAGAUAAGUUUCUCUGUAGCAGGAUAAAACCUUUAAAACAUAAAAAUUGAACCAUUUGAUCGUAUAGUUAUGUGGAGCACUCUAUAAUAUAGGUUUCAGGGAAAUUCUGCUUGGGAUAUCGUUAAUAUAUCGUAUGGGCAACAAGUUGUUUAUUACGAUGAUAUCUUGUUCGACAAUGACAAACAUGCAGUGGUUAAAUUGCAUUUGAAACGAAAUCCGAUGUUUUACAUGUAUAUGAUUGUUCUACCAACAUUCAUCAUCAACACGGUAUCGAUCGCUGGUGUUUUUAUGAAAGACAUUUACAAAAUGGAUAGGCUUUCAGUUGGAAUGACGCAUAUUAUGACAAUGACAUUUAUUUUGACAUUAAUUGCUGAUAAAUUACCGAAAACUGAGCAGAUCCCACUGUUAGGACAAUACAUUAUUUUUGGAUUGUGCACUAUGAUGGUUGCGAUGGUGUGUUCGACAUAUGUGAAGAAGAUUGCGAACUUUUCCCAAAACCAUUUGUUGUCAACAAGAAGUGUUUUUGGGUUAGUGUGUAUUUGAUACAACAUUGUUUUUUGUGAUGUUUCAUAUUUUCCAGCGAACGUCUCCGCAAAUUUGUAGUUAUCCAGCUUCGUCAAAUUGUACACAUUGUUUUUCAAUCGAUCAACUUAUUCUCGGUAUUAUACAUCAUUUAUAGAAUGGCUUGUUUCGAGCAGUUGUAUGCUAAAACAAACUGCUCUCAGAAGAUGCCAACUAUGGAUGUGAUUCCAGAAAUUGAUCCAAGAGGAGAUUUGAAACAUCAUUAA